CAGUGGCUCAUACAUUGGUUUGGGGUUUCAUUACCAUGUACAAUGAAUGUGCCCCUUUAAAUGAGUCCUUGUUUGUGAAGCAUGUAAGACCAGCCUGUGACAUUCCGCACCUUUCCGCCAAGGGACAGUGCCCUCAAUGUGCCAUCCAAAAGCCUUCACCCCAUUUCCAGUGAAUGCGAUGCAUUUUAAUCUCUCUAACUGCAGAAUUGACCCAUGAGAAGCUGAUGCUGGUGACAGUGGACCUAUAGGAGAGGUGGGAUCCCGCCUGGACCUCAGGGGCCGUUGCAGCCUUUGGGGCUGCUCCUCAGCUCAGAGUCUGGGCUUUAAAGUGGACCAUAUCCAGGCACCAGAAGAGAGGACCACAGAGAACCACAGUCCGCCCCAGGGUUCCUGCCUCAGGACAUGUCAACUUAAUCCUUCACUGUCAUCGAAAACGACAAUCCUGCUUUAACUAUGAUGCUGAUUUGCCUAGUUUUUAUUGCUUUCUGUGGAUUCACCAAAUGCCAGGACCUACCAACUUUCGACCUCCUGGAAGGGUUUCGUUUGUCUGAGUCCGAUGGAGUCAGGACCGUGGACGGGUCUGGUCCCCAGGCUGUGGCUUACCGCAUCAACCCCUCUGUUCAACUAAGGAGGACGACGAGCGAGGUCUACCCUGUGGGGCUGCCCCCCGACUACUCCAUCAUCGCCACCUUCAAGGUGGCCAAUGAGAGCCUGAGGAACAGCUGGGACCUGUGGCAGGUGAGCGCCCCCAAUGGCCAGGAACAGGUUGGCAUCCGUUUCCCUGGCGAUGGUAGCUCGCUGGACUUCUUCUACACGGGGCCUGGUGGCACCCGGAUGCUGCGCACCUUCCGGGACGUGGAGGUGCUUCUGGACGGCCAGUGGCACAAGCUGGCACUGAGCGUGCAUGGUGAGCACGUGCGGCUGCUUGUUGACUGCCGCGAGGUCAGCGCCGUGCCCAUUGAUGGGCAUCGGGGCACCAUUCGCGCUGGCUUCACCUCCAUCGUCAAGCGGGCCGCUGGCGACCACUCCGGCCCGGUGGACCUCCAGCAGAUGGCGCUCUCCUGCGAUCCAGACCAGGCAUACACUGAGGGUUGCUGUGAACUCUCUAGCGUUUGUGGGGGCCACGCCGAGAUUGGCUUAACUGGGGGGCGCGCCCCCUGCAAGUGUGUUCAUGGCCAGCCAGGGGUACAAGGACCCCCAGGACAGAAGGGUCACAGAGGUCUCCCAGGCAACCAGGGAGAGCCAGGCAGAGUUGGAAACUGGGGAGUCCGAGGGAGCACAGGCGGCUACGGUCCAAUUGGGAAGACAGGUUCGAAGGGUAUACCUGGAAUUAAAGGGGAGAAAGGAAUGAGUGGACUCUCUGGGGUUCAGGGCGAGAGAGGAAUGAAGGGUCUCAAAGGGCUGAAGGGGGCUCGUGGAUUCAAGGGUGUACGAGGCAGCCCCGGCGAGAGGGGGGAGACCGGACUGCAGGGCCCAGUGGGGGUCCCAGGAGACCUGGGCUAUGAGGGGAUUCUGGGAUAUCAAGGAGUGAAGGGAGAACAGGGCCACGUAGGAGCACAGGGCCGCCGGGGGCACAAGGCACAGCAGGGUAUUGUUGGAGAUCCUGGAGAUCGCGGAGCACCAGGGUUCAAAGGGAAACCCGGUGUUCAAGGGCCAGCUGGAACGCGUGGAACCAUUGGAGAGAAGGGCAUUGUGGGAGACCCUGGCUUUCCAGGGAGAGAUGGGGACCCGGGAAUAGCAGGUUACCAAGGAGCCCAAGGUCCAGAGGGCGGGUCAGGUCAGGCGGGGGAGAAGGGAGAGAAGGGCUCACGGGGUCGCCCUGGAGACAUGGGGCUGCAGGGAGCGCCAGGCCCACGGGGCUAUAAAGGUUCCGCCGGCACUCCGGGCCGUCCUGGAUUCAUUGGCCCACCAGGGCCCAUUGGACACUUGGGAAUGACAGGACGUCCAGGCCCCAAGGGUGCGACAGGCAAACCAGGCAUCCAGGCAGCUCAAGGGCUGGAGGGGCAAAAAGGACAGAAGGGGCCCAGAGGUCAGGAGGGGGACAGAGGUAAACAGGGUCCCCGUGGCAUGGAGGGGAAGCGAGGAGCUGGUGGGGAGCCCGGUUCCGCAGGACCUGUGGGGAGCAGAGGCGUCCCAGGAGAUGGGGGACCUCAGGGAUUCCAGGGGCCUCCUGGGCCACCUGGCCCAGUGCUGGCUGCCCAGCACGUCAUUGAAGUCUGUAAGAAGGUGGUGCUGGAGCAGAUGUCCACCUUCGCCAACUCCGUGAAGAGGACAUGCGCCAGCGUCUGCCCCUUGUAUGGAGACGUGCCCAUGGGAGCCCCAGGCCCCCCAGGACCAAAAGGACCCUCUGGACCACCCGGUGACCCUGGAGCUGACGGCGCUGAAGGGGAGGUUGGCCAGCAGGGAUUUUACGGAGAGCCUGGGGAUCCAGGAAGGCUGGGAGUGCCAGGUGACCAAGGAGACCGUGGAGAUAAGGGAGCUAAAGGGCAUGGCCUUCCUGGAUACCUGGGAGACCAAGGAACGAAGGGCCAACGGGGACGACCUGGCAUCGCGUUUGAAGGCCAGCCUGGGCACCCGGGCGAAAGGGGUCACGUGGGGCGUCCUGGACUCAGGGGUCACCCAGGACUCCCAGGAACACCCGGGACCUGUCUGACGUCGGGGUGCAACCAGCUCGACGUGACACCUGCUGCCCCGGCCGCGCAGACUGCUCCCACCCGUAGGAGGCGCCCCUAAGGGGCAAAAGAAGCCAGGGCAUAUUUGGAGUAGGCAUGGACUAGAAGCGGGGUGGGGGAGGGGCCACACAGGCUACACCGGUACACUGGCACCUGCGAGGCAAAUACAGAUGCUUAUUAUAGUUAAAAGUUCCCUUUUACUGAGGUAAUUUAAGUCCCUGACAGAUGGUAGAUAUCAUGUGUCUUUUGUUACCGGGGGGGGGGACUUCCACUUGUGGCCCCAAUAUCACCUCAUUGAUAAUGCAUAUUUCAUGCAGUCAUGACCUCUGUAUGACUGUGACAUCUUCACAGGCAGGACACAUCAUACACUAAUUUGUUUUUGAACACACACAUAAAAGGGUGUCUAAGGGAUUAUUGGCAUUGUUAGGGUCCCUCUGUGUUUAGGCAACAAACCAUGUAGUUCCACUGAAAACAUGAUUCAGCCCCAAGUGGUAGAUGAUCGGAAAACUGAAGGAAUAUGGUGAAACUUCCCCCUGGUCCCAAAGAGGGAACAAGGCGUUUUCUCCACAUUAAUCUCUGAUUUAUUGAAACAUUUUUUUGUCCCAUACAUGAAAAGAAAUAAAAUGCAGCCCUUGUGUGCUGGUAAGACAUGUGUUGCGCAUAUAUUUAAAGGACUUUUGCAAGUCCUGUACUAUUGCAAGUACACUGUGAACUGCAGAGAUCAGACCAUUAGACAGCCUGUCUGCAUAAGUAAAGCCAUUUAAUAUGAGUGUACUAAUAUUUAGUAAACUGUAUAUUAAGGAUCCUGAGGUUAUGAGAACUAUGGACACCGUGACUUUGCAUUUGGUCAAAACGUCAUUCAGAACAAGUUGUUCAGAUAUCCUCCUUACAACGGGGGCAGAGAAAUACAGCAAUAACCGGGUGAUGAUACCCCCACCCUGCGGUCUACACAUUGCCGCCCAGACAAGAUGAAGAUGAAGAUCUGACCACAGGCAGCCAAGCUCAUGGUGUGAGAAGGAAACCCAUUCAGAGAUACCUCAGGUGGUCUGCUGGCUCUCAUGGGCGACCUUAUGGAAAAGCUUCACUGAGCGUAGCAAAUGUAAACAUGGCUCCUUGACCAUAUGACCUUAUAUAUGGAUGAGGCAUUAAUAAACAGUAAUAAUUCAGGACUUUAAAUGAUAAGACUUUAAAAUAAAGUAAAUGUAACCAUCUGUAUAAUCAGUGAAAAAGCAAAUUCAUCGACCAUUAUAGAUGUUGAACGUUUGUCUGGAAAAUAAACUGGCUUUUAAAUUUAGUGGAUCUACGUUUAUCACUUUAAUCCAAAUUUUCAUAUGUUUUUCACAUUAAUAUGGCUGGAGUUACAUGAUUCCAGUGAUGAAGGUCAAUUUCCAACUUAAGAGUGUCCCACUACAACCAGGGAGACGUCUGCUGCUCCCUUUUACCGAAAUAGCACAAAUGGUCUCCCCCAGAGAUGAGAGCCACUUCUGUACUGGUGUGAUUGCGACUAACACACUUGGUACUAAUAUGAUGGUAGGUGGCAGGUUUCCUGCGGUACACUUGUACAUUUAAGACUGGAUGAUUGUACUCUGGAACAGGAAUGGCAUGUCAGUGAAAUGUUGGAACACACUAGAAACGCCUCACAAAUAUCUAUGUAAGUCAUAGUGGGAAAGAGGACAACUUGAUCCAACCAUCGAUCCACCACUGGAACACGCAGGAACCCAGGCCCCAAUAUUUUCAUGGAUGGCGUACUUUUUUGUGAAGGUACUUUGGCUUUGUUAAACUUUUCAUAUUACAGCUGCUUCUCCUGAAGAACAAGGGCACUGGCCUCAGGCUGGUUUCCUGGCGGGCGACAGCGUUGUCCUGUUUAAGUCUACACACACACACGAGCUUACACCUCCAGCAGCAGGGAAAUCCCAGCACAGUGACCUUCCUGAGCACACCCCUCCACCCCCAGUGCCUUCCAUGGAAACUCUUCAUCGGCAGUUCGGCCUUGUUAACCAGAUGUCCACCUCAUUCGCGGCACCAAUCUGUUCUGCAUCUUAGAAUACUGUUGUGUCUGUUGCCGCGCUGAACUAUACACGACAACCUGCGAGGAUGAUUUACUGGAGCCGUUACCAAACUUACCACAUGGCGUGGACAAGUGUGAUGACGUGUGUAAAUGGAGGAAGAUGUUUGAGUUUGUCAAGCACUAACCAUAAAAGAUCUCAACUUUAAU